AUGGAUAAAUAUUUGGAUGGUUUACGAAGUAUGCGUUUGUAUCGCCAAGCUAAUAUAUUACCUGCCACUUCAGGCCCACAUCAGUUCACGCUGGAAAAUGUUGCAAGUUAUACUAUGGAAUUAGAUGUAGGAGAUCGGCGUGGAUUCAGUACAUUUACUCUUCGCGGAGUUCCUGUUUUUCUCGUCGAUGCAUUCAAUUUUCUUCGUCUUAACGGUCUCGAUGCUAGUGGCAUUUUCCGAAAAGAAGGAAAUAUCAGCCGACUCAAAUCUUUUUCGAUGCAAACAUUCUUUGGUAGCAUAGUUUUGCCGGAAGAUUGCACCACCCAUGAUGUUUGUUCACUUGUUAAGCGAUUUUUUCGUGAAUUAAAGACACCUCUCUUUGCUCAGAUACAAAGACAGCUGUUAGAUACUGCAUUAAUUUAUGAUGGAGCCCAACGUAUCAACAAACUUUUGGAGGCUGUACGAAUGUUGCCUACAGAGCAUCUGGCAACAUUAACCUUUCUAAUGCGACAACUUAAAUAUUUUGGCGAUCGGCAUGAGGGUCAUCAAAUGACAAUUGAAAAUAUUGCACGCGUUUUUGCGCCAUCUCUUUUCCGGGACGACCCACCACUGGCACCUAAUAAAAGAAAGAGAGGAUCGCAGGAAGACUUGAUCUCGAAUGUACGAAAUGAAAAUGAGCUUCGUAUUGCAAUUAUUAUUGAUCUGAUUGAUAAUGCGCAUAAAAUUGGCGUGCCACGCGACUACUAUUUGGCGUCACGUCGUCCUUCUGACGUUUCACAGAAAAUUUUCAAAGGAAAGUUCAUGGGAUACGUUGGGACGCGUAGUGUUUCUGCUAAGCCAUCAUCUAGGGAUCCAACAUCUACUGCAUCGGUUAAGCAAAAAGCUGAAACCCGAAAGGAAAAAAAAGUAGAGAAACAGCCAUCGGGAAAGUUUGCUAUGCAGUACAAGAACAAAACACCGCGUGAACGGCGUUCAUCGUCUACAGUUCGUGACUUUUUCUCAAAUAUUUCGAAUAAAGUUUUACGUCGUGGGCUGUCCCCAGUUGCAUCAACACGACGACGUUGUUCAGCAGGCGAUGUAACCGAUGAUGAAUCUUUGAGAGAGAAUAUGACUGGACUGAAUACUGCAACAGCCAAAUUUUGUGUCCAUAAGUAUACAGACACCUGUGAUACUGCGCAAUAUACCUCCAGAAUGAGGUUUCAAAAUGAAGAAUUGCUAUGGGGAAGUAACAGCUCGAGUAUAAAAGAUCGCUUAAAAUCGCCUUCACCGGUUGUCUCUCCCCCGCAAAAAACAGUUGGAAAGCGUUCGCAAACGACUUUAAUGGGAGCUAAUGUUUGUGCUCCAUCAGACAGAAAAGAUGACACAGCUUCAAUUCCAACAAAAAGUUCAAGGCAUCGCUCACGCCGAGAAUCACCACGCAAAUCCAACACAACAAAUUCAAGAAGCAAGGCGAUGGAAAAACACAAAGUUAUCCGAGAACUGGAAGAAGUUAAUAUGGUGCCUGCUUCACCUGUUUUUGAACCUGUUGAAAUGAUGACGAAAAACAUUGGUGAAGCAUUUCUGAAACAGAGGAACUCGGAUGAAAAAUUAGCAGUAUCAAAGAUUAUCAAGCGAAAUUCUUCCAAGAACCUACUUCAGUCAGUUAGGAUUGCUGAUUCAGCUAAACCAUCCCUAGAAGGUUCUGCUGAUAAAGUCAUAGAUCGCAUUCACCGUCGCCAUACCGCACCUGUAAAGGCCAGUACGCUUUUGAAGCGAAAUCAGCCAAACAGCGUUACUACGGGUUUGAAAACUCCAUAUUCUCGCAUACAAGGAAGGUAUUCAACAACGUUCACUUUAAGGUUGAGUGAAAUGGAUAAAGGUUCGGGACUAGCUGAAUUAUUUCAGUCCUGGAAAAAAAAAAAGCGUCACAGUGAAAGUUUUAGCGGUGAUUCAAGUGACAAAGUUUCUGUUAGCGAUAGUGAGGAUAAAACCACGCGAAGAAUCCAAGCUUCCAGUGCAGAAGCACUUUUAGAACAGAAAUGUAUGGAGUCACGACAGCGACGAGCUAAGAGACAAAAACGGCGGAAGGAACCAAAUGGCUCUAUACAGACAAUACCAGUGCAAUGUACUAUUGAAUCGACUCCAAUGAAUUCACUUCUGGAUGAUGUAACAAAUGAAAUAAAUCGUUUAGAAAGAGAUCGUGAAGUUGCACAGAAGUUAUCCAAAGAUGACAGAAAUACACUGUUGUUUCUGGACACUACUGGGAAUUCAAUUUUUACCAAAGAAGAUAUACCUCCACCACCUCUUCCACCAGUCCUUCCGUCAACGAAUAACUCAUCCCUAGCUGCAGUUCCUUCUGUAGUUAGAGAAAGUUGUGCAGAGUUGUCAUCUUCAUCAGAUAUUCCGAAACAUUCAUUUUACUCACCAUCAAUCAACACCAACAUCCAUUCAGCUACUUUACUUCUCAAUUCACCGUCCUCUACCGUCACAGCGACUCGCAACAAUACAUUGCAUAUGGAACCACUGAAGCGCAUAUCAAAGCAACGAUAUAUCGGUUCAGUUCAUGGUGGUGAGGAUGCCGGUAGAAAUAGCGUAGAGGACAGUGAUCGACCAAAUGGUUCGAGAGAGGAUUUUUCAAAGUCUGAUGCUAUCAAAAUGCAGCUUUUGAGCGCAAGAAGUGAAAAUGAUAUUGUAGCAGGUCCUGCUUAUAUACCAUCAGGAUCGCGGCCAAGUGUUUUAUCUAUUAAAUCCAAUAAUCGUGGUAUGGUGAGACAACGUGUCAACCAUUUUGCUCGGUUGGGAACACAAAGAACUAUAGCAGAACAGAGUUCCAAAACAGGACGUCAGUGUCAACAUGGCAAAUAUGCUCCCUCAUCUCUUCAAAAACUUUCUGCUCCUCCCGCUUCACAUAGUUUGCAACCGGUUGUUGGAAGAAAUGUGUCCCCUCCAUCGCGGGAGAUCGUGAUGAGGCGAGCCAAAAAAUUUGAAGCAUUAGCGAUAUCGGUUGAGAUGGAAGCAUGCAAGAAUUUUCGUACCGCAACACGCAACAGACUCGCAAAAAUUCAAAAACAAAACAAUCCGAAGAGACCUCGCCGUUUGAGUGGAGAAAUGCGGGUUGUGCGACGUUCGCAAGCUAGACUUGAUAAAUCUCUUGAGAAACUUGCAGUUAGUCUUAGUAAUCAUCGCUUACUAGGGAGAUCUCCAAACCACUCUGGCUGCAACAGUUUUCGUUCAAUAAACGUCAACAAUAGGUCAGAAGAACGACAAAAUGUUGGACGACCGCCCGUUCGAGUACAAGAAUUGACCGAAAUAAUAGAACAGUCCUCGUCACCGAACAGUUCGCCUCAACGCUGUACCAUUCUCCAUCCCUUGUCGAUCUCAUCGUCCAUUACUGCAAGAUCUCCAAUUAUUUAUGUUUCCACAACGAAAUCACGACGGCUUAAAAAUCCGUUUCUGAACAACACUGACAGCGCUACGAAUGAUGCUUGUUCAGCUUCACCGAAUAAAAAAUAA